CGCACUAAGCAUCUUCAAACUACCGAGUUUAGUAGCAGAAAGCGAAGUCAAUACCAAGCUCCCUCGCCCUCGGCUGCCUCGGAUUCUCCUCUCCUUUUUCUUCAUCGCUUCCUGCUUUCCUCUUUUGGAGCCUUCGGCGCCGGCGCUUCCGACAUCCCGGCCGCCUUCCUCCUCAAGCUUCCUUGCCUGCGCUGCUUCGCCUGAAAUCUGCCUUCUCCGGCCAAGAUUCCCAGGAGGCUGACUAGGGAGCAAGGGGGUGUCGGAUUUCUCAACGGUGUCCCCCCCAAAUUGGGGUUUUGGGCACGAAAAGACCCUCCUUUCCCCCCGCGAGCUCGAUUUCAAUGUCGCCGGAAUGCUGUUUCUUGAUGCUGCUAUUCCUGGCGCUAGCCCGGUUGGUUUUCUCGCAGAACCAGACUUGCGAGUUCAGGGACCUCCACGCGCUGCUGGGGUUUGAGGAUCCCGAUCUGGUUAGGUUGGGAUGGGGCUUCAAUGGCUCAUCAGCCGAUUGCUGCGACUGGGCCGGAGUGCGCUGCGGCAACUCGAGCAUCGCCGGGCGGCGGGUUGUAGAAUUGGAUCUCAGCAACCGGGGGCUGAGAGGUGGCUUACCUGAUUCCUUGGCCAGGUUGGGCCGACUCACAAAGCUCGACCUUUCCUCAAACUCCCUUCGCGGAUUGGUUCCGCCGGAGCUGUUCCGGCUACCUCUACUGGAGUUUCUCAAUCUCGGCUCCAACCAGCUCAACGGAACGGUUCCCUCGAAUUUAAGCCUUCCGGCAAUCAAAAUCUUUAACAUUUCUUACAAUUCCUUCACCGGCGGACACCCACUCCUCGCUGGCUCUGGCGAAGUCACCUCCGUUGAUCUCACCGGAAACGAAUUCUACGGCCCCAUUGACCCAGCUAUUUGUAGUUCCUCCGCCAACUUACAAGUUCUCCGCUUCUCCAUGAACAGCUUCUCCGGCGGCGUCCCUGGAGGUCUCACCAACUGCAGCUUCCUCACUGAGCUCUCCCUGGGUACUAAUGACCUCACUGGAGAGCUGCCAGAGGAGUUGUUCACCAUGACAGUUCUGACACAGUUAUUUCUUCAGGGGAACCAGUUCUCCGGCAAUUUGAGCACAAAGAUCAGUAAUCUCUCAAACCUUGUUGGUAUUGAUCUUUCAUUUAACAACUUUACAGGGUAUAUCCCAGAUAUCUUUGGUAGCCUUGCAAAACUAGAAUCUUUUACUGCUCAAUCCAAUAAAUUUAUUGGCAUUUUGCCCCCUUCCUUGUCAAACUUAUCCUCUCUUAGAGUGCUCAAUCUCAAUCGAAACUUUCUUCAAGGCGAGAUUUACUUCAACUGCACUGCCAUGACUAGCUUAAGGCUCAUUGAUCUUGGAAGCAAUUCUUUCUUUGGCCCCAUUCCUGAUAUACUCCCCCAGUGUGUGGAGCUUAAAACCAUCAAUCUUGCUAGAAACGAUCUUUCAGGAGAGAUUCCCUCCAGCUUCAGUAACUUCACUUCGCUUUCUGGUCUGUCUCUAAGCCAUAACAAUUUCUUUAACAUAGCUUCAGCUUUGCAAGUCCUUCAGUAUUGCCCCAACCUUGUUAGUUUAGUCUUGACACAUAACUUUCGCGGUGGCGAAACUAUGCCAAUCAAUGGAAUCAAAGGCUUUGAGAAGAUGGAAUUAUUUGUGAUUGCAAACUGUGCUCUUAGAGGUUAUAUUCCUUCAUGGUUGGCAGAAUUGUCUGAAUUAAGGGUUUUGGACAUUUCAUGGAACCACUUGUCUGGUACAAUUCCCACCUGGAUUGGGGAGCUCGACAAUCUCUUUUACUUGGAUCUGUCAAACAAUUCACUCUACGGAGAGCUCCCGCAUAGCUUGGCACAAAUGAAGGGACUUAUGGCUGGAAGUAAGUCACUCCAAGUUGCCUCAAUGGAUCUCCCAUUUUAUAUCAAGAGGAAUUCAAGUAUAAACGGCUUGCGAUAUAAUCAGGUCAGUAGCUUCCCCUCUUCACUGAUUCUGAGUUACAAUAUGCUUUCUGGACAAAUUUUGCCAGGAUUCAGGAACCUUGUAGAGCUGCACGUGUUGGACUUGAGUUGGAAUAAUCUUUCAGGAAAAAUACCUGAACAACUUUCAGAAAUGACAAGCUUAGAAUGCUUGGACUUGUCACAUAAUGAUCUCACAGGAAGCAUACCAAACUCUCUGUCUAAUCUUAAUUUCUUGUCAAAAUUUGAUGUAUCACACAACAAUUUAGUUGGAUCAGUCCCAACCGGAGGCCAAUUUUCUACCUUCUCAAGUGCUGAUUUUGAAGGCAAUCCUGGUCUCUGUGAUUUUCACUUGUCGCCUUGUGACUCCAAAGAUUUUCAACCAUCAAAGGGCAGAGAACAUUGGAAAGCUGCCGUUAUAGGCAUCGCAAUUGGAAUUGGAACUGGGACAACUUUGCUUUUAGCUGUUGUUUAUUGUAUCAUGGUAAGAGGUUAUCCAGGGAGAUACAAAGACAAUGCAAAGGUAGUGAUGCAUGCAGAUGAAAGCUCAGAUGCAACUGAUUAUAGUUUAGUUAUUUUGUUUCACAAGGAUAACAAGGAGCUGAGCAUUAAUGACAUAUUGGAGGCUACCAACAAUUUUGAUCAGGGUCAUAUUGUAGGUUGUGGAGGAUUUGGGCUAGUCUACAGAGCCACUUUGCCUGACGGACGGAAGGUAGCUAUCAAACUGCUUUCUGGUGACUUUUUUCAAAUGGAGAGGGAGUUUCAAGCUGAGGUGGAAACUCUUUCAAGAGUCCAGCAUCCGAAUCUUGUUUCGCUGCAAGGAUAUUGCAAAUAUGGGAAUGACAGAUUGUUGAUCUACUCAUACAUGGAGAAUGGCAGUUUGGAUUUCUGGCUCCAUGAGAAAAAUGAAGGAAGCACAAUGCUAGAUUGGGAAAUACGGCUGCAGAUUGCACGAGGAGCGGCAAGGGGAUUGGCCUACCUUCAUCAGUCCUGCGAUCCCCACAUACUUCACCGUGAUAUCAAGUCAAGCAAUAUCCUUCUUGAUGGCAGUUUUGAAGCACAUUUGGCUGAUUUUGGGCUUGCAAGACAUAUUUUACCUCACGAGACCCAUGUGACGACUGAUCUUGUUGGAACUUUGGGAUACAUUCCUCCCGAGUACGCACAAUCUCCAGUUGCUACUUUUAAGGGUGACGUAUAUAGCUUUGGUGUUGUACUCCUCGAAUUACUCACUAGUCGGAGGCCUAUAGAUAUGUGCAGACCAAAAGACAGUAGAGAUGUCGUAUCUUGGGUGUUUCGGAUGAGGAAGGAGAAAAGGGAGGCUGAAGUUUUUGAUCCAUGUAUAUACAAAAAGGAUGGCAACAGACAGAUGUCGAGGAUGCUUGAAAUUGCAUGCCUUUGCAUAAGUGAAUUUCCUAUGCUAAGACCAUCAACUCACCAAUUACUGGCAUGGCUUGAGGAUAUCGGUCUUAAUGACUAGCCGAUAAAUUGAUCAAGGUCACAAGCAUCGCAUAGCAGCCUCCUGAACUUGUGGGUAAGGUCAACUGCUGUAAGUGGCUCGCAAGCUAAUACUCACAAUAAGAACAGUCACAUUCAGCAUAAUUCACCUCUUGUUGUUUUCUUUUAUCCACAUGCAUCAAACAAGAUGCCGAAAGUAAUGGCAUAUGUAAAGAUUAGGUUACAAUAUCUCGUAAUAAAACAUAUUUUAACUUUUUUACUUUUCUCAUGUGACAAACUAUCCAAUUCCUACCGAUUAUCUUCUGAUAAUCUUCAAAUGCUUGUCAGAGAUUAGGUCUAAAUAAAGCUGUUUAACUUUUCUGGUG